GAUUCCGAUAAAGUUUUGAAAAUCAAAAAUCGUGCAUGUGACAAGUGUGUUACAACUGUGAUAAUGGCAAACUUACGUGUACGACUUGAAUUUCCUGAUGGUGAAAAAUAUUGGCUUUUUAUUGAUUUAUCUAAAAUCGAGACAAUUCAAGAUGUCAUUGACGACAUUGAUCGUAAAUACUCUGUAGUCUGUGAAAAACUUUUGUUGGACGAUGCACAGUUGUAUUGCAAAGAAAGUGUGGGCAUUCUGCAAGACAGGGACUUGAUCAGGGUAAACUUGAGAACGUCAAAAAAGCGGAAAAAAGAAACAGAAGACAAUCAAAAAGUUAACAGUCUGGAACCAGUAGAAGUAGAAGGUUCUAAGGCAGAAGAGGUUAAAAAGUCUUCUCCACUUUCAAAGCCCAAAAAGAAAAAGAAAUGCAAAGAGGAUAAGGUUGUUGAAAAUGAAUCUUUUCGCAAUGACACAUUUACAAUAAUAUCUGUCAGCGAAGCACCAGUGAUAGAGAAACAGAAAAAGGUGAAGCAUUCUGCUAGGGAAGUUGAAACAGAAAACAUAGUAGUAGAAAAACAAAGUUGGGUAAAGGUUCCUGAAGCAGAGCCUGAAAUGGAAGUAACAAUAAUUGAAAACACAGCAGAAUUAAGUACAACGGAUAAAGAACCUUCGGCGGAAGGUGUUGCCAAACGCAAACGACGAAGAAAAAGGAAAAGCCAUCAUAAAGUUGGAGCAGUAGAUAGCAGUCUCACUCAAACUGUUGAAGCCCAACAAUAUUAUUUACCACCUGCACCCAAGGAGCGGCAACAUCUGCGUUUCGAUGAGGACUCUGAGGAUGACGCUGAGCCUGAAACUGGUAGGGCAGACAUAGUGACAACUGAAUUUGGUAAACAUGUGAAAAACGAAUCCAACGGGCUUGAUAGGACCGGUCGUCCGCCUCUUGAAGAUGCUAAAGCGAAAGGCAUUAAAAAUUUCUCAAAAGCUGGAGUAUACCAGAGCCCGUCCGCUACAAGCAGUCCUAUCGUGCCUCAAUUGGGCGCUUUACUUUCGCUUCGAUCAGCUGUUUUUUCUAGAAAUUCUAAUGAAAAAUCAGCUCCGCCUAGUUACAACAAUGUCCCACCACCGCAAAGUCUAACAUCCGAAGAAGCCGUUCCAUCAUCCCCUCGAGUAUCAGCUCCUUUGCUAGUGAAGGAGCCUCCAAAACUUGAUCCUACCGCAUUUCCAAUAAUCAAAGGACUUCCAAGAGUCAACGAUCUUAUCGCUUUCAAAGUAUUAGAAUUGUCGGAAAAUUAUAAUCCCGAAAUUUCCGAGUAUAUGCAGGGCCGAAUAACGCACAUGUCCGCUGAUUCCGAUAUCACAGUGCAGCUUCUUGAUCCCAAGCCCAAACGAAACACCAGAGGCAAAUUCGAGCUGAUUGAACUAGAUGAAGAAGAAUUCGAAGAGGAACCUGAAAUCGAGUACGAAUCCACCGUGACUUACCAAUGGAACCAGAUGAUCGAACCUCGUUUAAUUUUCCCCUAGCUAAACAUGACAUAGUCAACAUUUUCAAUCAGAUUGAGUGAAUGCAGAUUUUUUUCGAAUUCUCCUUUCGUUAAGUCCUGAUGAAAGAAAAUAAAACUGAUGAAUUA